AUGUCAGGCAGUAAGGCUCUGGGAGGGGCACGGCGGCGGCGGACGCGGUGCCGGCGCUGUCAGGCCUGCAUGCGGAUAGAGUGCAGCGAGUGCCACUUCUGCAAGGACAUGAAAAAGUUUGGCGGGCCCGGAAGGAUGAAGCAGUCCUGUCUGCUCCGACAGUGCACAGCGCCUGUGUUGCCCCACACGGCAGUGUGCUUCUCGUGUGGGGAGGCGGGGAAGGAGGACACGGUGGACACGGAAGAAGAGAAGUUUAGCCUCUCUCUGAUGGAGUGUACCAUCUGCAACGAGAUCAUCCACCCCAGCUGCCUCAAGAUGGGUAAAGCAGAAGGCAUCAUAAACGAUGAAAUCCCGAAUUGUUGGGAGUGUCCAAAAUGCCACAAGGAAGGCAAGACCAGUAAGGACGGGGGUGAUGGCUCAGGGAAGAGGCGGAUGGACAACGGGGAGGUGGGCCGAUGGAAGCUGACGGACGAUCCUCCGCCCACCAAAAGAAACCCCCUCCUCUUUAGAGGACGGGGAAGGCAGGAUGGUCACAAGAGGAAGAAGGAGAAGGAGCUGCCCCAGGACAGCGGCCCCAAAAAGAAGAUGAAAGGGGCCCAUGAAAAACGCUUGAAAAAGAAACAGAAGCCCAACGUGUCAGAGACUGCAGAGUCCAAUGGGCCCAACUCCUCAACCGGAGGCGGCCAGGGUUCCGGAGGGGGUUCCAACUCCACGCAGUCCCCCACCUCCACGGCCAGCCAGGACCAGCGCUCGCACCACCGCGAGAAAUUGGAGCGCUUCAAGCAAAUGUGCCAGCUCCUUGAGCGUGUCCGCGAGUCCAGUUCAUCGAGCUCGUCUACUUCCGAGUCCGACUCGGAGUCCGACUCUGACUCGCCUUCCGGUUCAGAUGGCCGCCGCGGCUCUGAACCCUCCUCCCCCGCACCCGUCGCUUAUAGCAACAGUGCCAGGGAGCGCAACCGGGAACGGGAUAGAGAGAGGGACAGGAGGCUGGCGGAGCUGGGCUUCAGUGCCAGUGAGGACUCUGAGGGAGAGGGAAGUGUUAAGGAGGAGGAGGAGGCGGUGGAGGAGCAGGUUGUGGGAGACAAGCCCCGGCGUAGGGGGGAGGGACCUCCACGGGGCCGCAAGGGGCUCACGACGGACGGGAAUGACGAGGAGAGCGGGGAGAGGAGUCGGAAGUCUACCCCAUUGCCUCCACCCUCCCCUCUCUCCUCCACCCAGCCUCCACCUUCCUCCGGCCAUGGCCCCUCGCCAGGUUCCGAGGGCUUCACCAGUAAACGCAGCAACGGCUCUGAGACGCGCAAUGGACGGACGCGGGCGGGGGUGAGGGACCGAGAGACUCAGGAGAAGGAGAACGCCAACAACAGCAGCAGCGGCGGAGGCUCGGUGGCCAACCACCGACACGGAACUGGCAAGGGCAACAAAGGCAACAAGAUCCGUAGCAACAAGCAAUCAGGGUCCCAACCAACGUCGAGGAACAGUAGCAACUCUUCUGCUUCUACUGCCACUACCACAUCCAACGGGGGAGGGGAGGGCCUGCUGGGCCCAGGCAGCAACUCCUCAGGGGGCAUGUCAGCCCUCGCCGCCUCACCCCGGUCACAGCCGUCCCGGAUGGCUCCACGCUCGCAGAUGAUGAAACGCAGCCCCCCUGCUGUGCCCUCGCCUCCCCGGCCUGUGCAGAUGGAGCGGCACCUGGUGCGGCCACCGCCAGCCUGCCCCGAGCCCCACUGCCUGCCCCUGGACAGCGGCUCCUCCCACGUGAUGCCCCGCGACGUCUGGCUCCGCGUCUUCCAGCACCUCAGCCAGAGGGAGCUGUGCGUCUGCAUGAGGGUCUGUCGGACAUGGAGCCGGUGGUGCUGUGAUAAGAGAUUGUGGACUCAGAUUGACCUUAGCCGGCAGCGCUCCAUCACCCCUCCUAUGCUGAGUGGUAUAAUCCGCAGGCAACCAGUCUCCCUUAACCUGGGCUAUACCAACAUCUCGAAGAAGCAGCUCAUGUGGCUCAUCAACCGUCUACAAGGUCUACUGGAGCUGAAUGUGUCGGGCUGUCCCUGGUCCUCUGUGUCGGCCCUGUGUCAGGCUGUUUGUCCCUGCCUACGUCUGCUCGACCUCAGCCGGGUAGAAGACAUGAAGGACUCGCACCUGAGGGAGCUACUGGCGCCCCCUGCUGACACUCGGACAGCUCAUGGAGAGAGCAGAGGGGGGCGGUUCCAGAACGUAACGGAGCUGCGAUUGGCCGGGCUGGACUUGACAGAUGUCACGUCCCGCCUGUUGGUGCGCUACCUGCCCCACUUGACCAAGCUGGACCUGAGUCAGUGUGGCAAUAUCACGGACCAGACCAUCCACACACUGACCUCCCCCAUGUCUCCACUGAAGGACAGCCUCACCCACCUAAACCUGGCAGGCUGUGUGAAGGUGACGGAGCAGUGCCUGCCCCUGUUACGCCGCUGUGCCUCCCUUCAGAGCGCUGACCUGCGCUCCUGCACCUUGCUCACUCCCGAUGCCUGUCAGCUCCUCUCCUUCCCUUGCCCUGACGAUAGAGUGCUGCUCAAGAACAGCUAAGGGCCUGCGACACCCUCCUCCUGCCACCUUCCCCCACAACAACCACCGCCACACUACAGAGAGAUAAGAGAACGAGAGGGCCACUGCGUUGUGGGCAGUGAGCCAGCCACUGAGGGAAAAGGACAUGGAGUGGGAGCCACGAAAGAGAAAGGGGGGAUUGAGAGAACUAUAGACCUUUGCCUACAUUUCUCUGGAUUGACUUGUUUGUGAACGGACAUCUUUGAAAAUGUUUUAGCAUGUACAUAUUCAAUAUCUGUAAAAUGGGUGUGUGUAUAUAAAUGUAGUUUACUGUAAAUUACCCACUCCCCGCCCCUUCCCUCCCUCAUUCUACCUUCACACCAACCAUGGAACACAUUAUCCAGCCGACAUGUGUAAAGGCACUGCACUGCGCCACCAUCUUGAACUAGCAUAAUUUGCACUCCAUAAUCAAUUUCCUCUUUCGUGGCGUCAGACUACGAAGAAUGUACCCAAUGCCAGAGGUUGCGCCCCAUCGGAAUCCGUUUAAUGUACAGAUGGAUGCUGGGCUGGUGUUAGUGUGUGUAUGUGUGUCUUUGUAAGUAUGUGUGAGAGAUGUAAACAGUGUUUAAUAUGACAAUUGGAGCGAGAAAGAGAUGGAGAUACGACAAAUGUCCGUCACCUUUACCACUAAGCUCUCUGCUGCCCUCAAUCUUUCUGGGGGGGGGGGGGUAAGGACAUUCAAGGUCCUACAUAUCCUGUUCAAUGGCCGACAGCCACCAGAGCCCAAAACUCCUAGCCCUGACCACAACCCCUUAUUUUCCUCUUGUCCAGCCGUAUUAUGUGCCAUCUUGUCCGCUCUCUUCCCGCCCAACGUGCCAUUCUUCUGUGGUCUGUCCAUCUUUGUGAAUCUGAUUGUCCUACCCUUCCCAUCACACUCCUCCUCUUUACGCCCCGUCUCUCUGCUGCCAUGGCCCUUUUGCAGCUUGUGGUGCCCAGCGUCUGUGCUGUGUGCGUACAUUAUGCAGAGAGCUGGACCUUGCUGUGUCCCGACUGCAAUGAAACCAUGCUUACCGUACUGUUCCAUACCAGACCUGGAAUUCGCCAAGGCUCCUUUCUUCCCUGCUUCACGAUGCCUGGCUGAUGUAACAUUAUCUUGUAGAUGUGCAGACAGGUUCAGUCUAGAUCACUACCGCACGAACUUUAAGAGUGACUGACUGACACGUUUUGAGUAUGAAUUGGGAAAACCGUGUCGAUAAGAAAGACCGUCCGUUGCACUGCGCUCGCUGCUCCACGUGGC